AUGCUAGUCCUGAACGCUCUUAAUUCGAAAAUCACCUUUUAUGAGCAAAGAAGGGGUCCAAAACAGCAGCAUAAAAACAAAUUGAAUUUUCUUGCCAUGUUCUUAGAUCAAGACCACCAAGCAGUUCGCGUUGACAAUACCAUCUACAUCAGUGGCUCAUUAGGAUUAGAUCCCAAGAGUGGUGAGCUGAAGGCAGGCAUAAAAGAGCAAACGCACCAGUCUUUAAAGAACAUCGGAGAAAUUUUGAAGGCUGCCGGGGUUGGCUAUGGCAACGUGGUAAAAACAACCGUUCUUCUGGCAAAUAUCGAUGAUUUCACUACCGUCAACGACAUCUAUAAGGAGUACUUCACCGCA